CGACAAAAGGGGGCAGGAAACGCUGGUGCACAACCGGCGCCAAGCGGAAACUGAACGUUGCUGUAGCGAUUUCUGUAUAUGCACAUGGCGACGUUACCGGCCGGGAUUCUUUCAUUCUGUUUCGAUGUUUUAAUCUGACAUGGAAUUAAUUACGCGUUUACACGGGUGGGCCAUGUUCCGGUGAUAUGGUAAUGUUUAGCACAUGGCAACGGACGGCCUGGGACCAGAAGAGAAACAGUGUUAUGCAAAUGACAAGUGAAGACCCCGAGUUGCGGGCCCUGUCCCAAGACCUCGAGGGGUAUUUGGGAAAAGUUCAAGAAAGAACUUCCUCAUUGGAGAAUUGUCCUUGGUGCUGUGCCAAGGGCUGGGUCCAUGCACUGCGCUCUUAUCCCAUCAACUUACAGGAGUCCAUCACCCUCUGCACAAAUCCACAGUGCCUCUACCCCCUGGUAAGCAGACCUCUGGAGGAUGUCUUGGCAGAUCUGAUUCCGGUGAAGGCGCAGAUUGGAGUUAAAAGAAAGAACGGGCACGUCUUGCCAAGCGAAGACGUCGCGGUACCUCCCCCCAAACGGCCGCGCGCUCACGGAGACGAGCAAGGGUCGGAGGCCUCGGACUCUUCGGUCACCGGAGAAGAACCUCCUGCUAUCGAUGUGGACGGUACGGCGUUCACCGCGCUGCAGGACGCCUGUGAGGAGGCCCUCUGGACGACGCCUCCCUCAGAGGGCCCCCUCGCUUCUGAGGCUGUGCGUCAAGGGGAGGGCGCUAAGGACCAGGGGGACGAUGUUCUCGUACCCACGUGCUCGCCGAGUAAACCCACGCCAGGGGAGUCUGCGCUGUCUUCGGCCGACCCCCCGUCGUCUGUCGGAGGGUUCGGCACGUUCGGACCCCCGUCGGCAGGGUUUGCGCCUCGCCGUGCCUCGGUGGUAGAGGACGGGACCCCCGGAGGCGUACUGUUUGGACAGGCAAACGGCCCGCCCCGUGACGGUCUCCGGCCUUGCGACCUGGACUCGACCCGGGGCGGGGAACCCUUGGAGGAUUUAGUGGAAUGCCUCUUGGCGUCGGCUCCGGCCGAGGAGCCACGGCUUCUGGACGGCGAGGGGACCUCUGUGCUUACGGGGGCCGCGACGAAGGAGGCGGAAGCAGAGGCGGCGGCCCCGACGUGGCAACAGGCCGACGCCAAGAAGAGCCUGGGAGACGUUCCCCCCCGACUGACGCACGCCGCGCCGCCUAAGGAAGAGGAGGGGCUGGUGCCGCUGCCGGCCAGGCUGUUCUGGAAGAACAGCGACAAGCUGUGCUGGCUCGACGCGCUGCUCGUCGCUUUGGUCAACUGUAGGAGCCUGAGGGACCACGGACCCGGAGAAGGGGCCCCGGGGUCCCCCAUAUGGGAGCUCAUCACGGAGUACGACGCGGUCUGCGCCGCUGCCCAGGCGCACCAGCUCACUGGCAGAGAUGGUGUUGUGAGGGUCCCAGACGGGGUGCUGCAGAAGGCCCGCACCGACCUGCACCGCAUCCGCAUGGACGUCUUCCAGCUGCUGCAGCCCAAACUACGCUGCCGCCUGGGCCGGAAGGAGACCCCGGUGUUCGCCUUGCCCCUCCUGGUGGCCGGCGACCCGUGGGCCGAGGGCCUCUUCGAGCAGAGCUUCGAAUGGGAGCUUGAGUGCAGCAGCUGUCAGGGCGUCAGCCAGACCAGGGUGACCAAGCCACUGCCAACGUUCACCAACGUGGUGGACGACUGGCAUCCGGAGAAGGCGGCCCACCGCGGGCCGUGCAACCUGUGUCACAAGAAGGACCAGAGCAGGACGAUGGUGUUGGACAGGGUCCCUGCCGUGUUCGCCCUGCACUUUGUGGACGGGCUGCCGGGCAACGACCCCCAGCGCUACUCCUUCAGCCACCGCGGGCGCCGCUACGCCGUGUCCACCGUCGUCCAGUACGACCGGGACAUCCAGCACUUCGUCACCUGGACGCGCACCGUAGACGGAGCGUGGCAGGAGUUCGACGACCUGAAGCAUCCCGGCUGCCGCAGCCACCAGGAGCUCCCCGUCCCAGCCCAGGAGAUGCACAUCGUCUUCUGGGAGGCGGACGAGGACCCCGCCCGCCCGGCCUGCUCCCCCCCCGCCCCGGUCGGGGGACCCCCGCCUUCCAACGGCGCGCCGGACCAGGCGACGCUGCUGGCCCCGUCUCCGGACCGGCCCCUCCUCCCGUCGUACGACGACGGGGACCUCGACGCCGUCCUCGACCUGUCCGUGGACGGAGGCGCGGCGCGGUGCCACACGGGUGACGCGUCCAUCGGGUCGGCCACGCUGCUGGACGCCUUCGAGGGCCUGUCCCACAGCGACAUCGUGACGCUCACGCUGACGGAGGUCCGGCCGGACGCCGCGGGGAAGCUGCCGGCCCACCCAACGCCAGAGAGGCACUCUCCGGACGACGACGCCGUCGCCGACCUGACGCCCCGGAGAGACGAGGCUCUGGCUGGGUCUGCGUCCGAGUCCGAAGGCGAUGAACACGUGUCGGGGGAUCCCACGUUUGACCCCCCUUCCCCCAAGCGAACACGCCAGGCUAAAGCCAAAGCCAAAGCCAAGAGGGAAAAGAAAAGUGGCACGAAACCGAAGCCUCCCCCAAAAGUGAAGGCUCCCCCAAAAGUGAAGGCUCCUCCUAAACCGAAGCCUCCCCCAAAAGUGAAGGCUCCUCCUAAACCGAAGCCUCCCCCAAAAGUGAAGGCUCCUCCUAAACCGAAGCCUCCUCCGAAAACUCCUCUUUCAAAGCGUGGCAAAAAAGAGUUAGCAACCGCCGUGGCCAUGGAAACGGCCGCUACCGCCGGCGUUCCAUCGACGAACCCCUCGCCGCCGCCGUCGCCGCCUGUUCAGAUCCCCGCGCUCGAUAACCCGCUGCAGCUGGACCGCUGGAGCUUCAUGAUGAGCAAACAGCCUCAGACCCGGCUCAAAGCCAUCCCCGCCCCGGAGCCGGCCGCGGCGGCCCCCGUGAGGCCCGCCCCCAACCCCGCGCCUCCGAGGAAACCCAGCGCGCCCCGGCCCCAGCUGAGGCUGGAGAGCAGCGAGCUGCCGCCGAAGAACGCCGGGAUGUACGACGCCUUUGGCGUGAAAAGUACGUCUACCUUUUCGUCGUGGUCGCCGGCGCCGCCGACUCUCCCUGAGCCCGCGGGGUACCGCACUCCUUUAGCCCUGCCCCCGAGCACGCCGACCGCGGCCAAGGCGGUCGCCUUCACCUUCCAGACCCCCGGAGCCACGCCCUCGGGGAAACGCGACCGUCUCUCGGACGGUCCCGUCACCACGGACUCCCUCCGACUCCAGCUGCUGAAGAAGCUCAAGGCCAAGAAGAAGAAGCUGGAGGCGCUGAACCAGCUGCUGCAGGGCGGGGCCGGGGGCGGGGCCCGGGCCGGGGCGGCCUCCCCCCAGGCCGUCACCUCUAGCACGGCCCCGGGGUCGAGCUGCGAGGACCUGCUCACCGCCUGGCUGUCGCCCACCUCCACCGUCAGCAACCGGUCGCCCGACAGCUCCGGGCUGCCCGAGACGCGGACCAAUGGGAGCGGGGCGGGGCCUGUGGGCGGGGCUUACCAGACAAACUAUCCCCCGCCUUACUGCCUGCCGGGCGCGGAGGACAACCUCCUGGAGGAGUUCAUGUCCGGGGGGGCCGCACUGCAGCGGCAGGCCCCCAUGGAGGCUCAGGGCCCCAGCGGGCUGGCGGGCGGCGGCGGCGGCGGCGGGAAGAAGAAGGCGGCGUGUGCCGUGUCGAACGAGUUUGAGACGUUUGACAUGGAUGACCUAUAUUUGUUUUGAGUCGUUCAUGCAACGAAUUAAUUGAACGAGUGAAUUGAAUGAAUGGAUGCAUUUUGGUUAUUGUGAUACGGAUGGUGGCAGUACUGUAAGUUUUGUUCCCUGAAGGCUACUUCAAACGAGUUGGCACUGUCUUUGAAAAUAAAAAGAUGACACAACUGA